AUGGCAGUGAUACGUACAUUUCUCAAGCGUACAGCUGUCCGACAUUCUUCAAAUAAUAAUAAUAAUAAUAAUUUAAGUGUUGUUAGUAUAAAUACACGUUCAUCUAGUGAUACAUCAACAUCAACAAUUGAUCAUUUAAAUAGUCAAACAAAUGAUGGUUAUAGUAGUACAUCAACAUUAGGUGUUUCAACAAUUAAUAGUGAUGAUUCUUCACAACAUCCUUUACUCCCUGUUAUAUCUUCAAAAAAUCGUCGAAAGAAUUUUUUUUCUUGUCUAACUAAUAAUACAACAACAAUGGAUACAAAUGAAGAACAAUUAAUCAAUGAAGAUAUUUGUUUACUAGAUACUAAAUUACCGAAAGAACUACUAUUAAGAAUCUUUUCUUAUCUUGAUUAUAAAUCGCUUUGUCGAUGUGCACAAGUAUCAAAAUAUUGGAAUACACUUGCAUUAGACGGUUCAAAUUGGCAAAGUAUUAAUUUAAAAAGUUUUCAACGUGAUGUUGAUGGUAUUGUUCUUGAAAAUUUAAGUAAACAAUGUGGAUCAUUUUUAAAACGAUUAGAUAUUGAAAAUUGUAAAUUUAUUAAUGAUCAUAAUAUGAGAAAUCUUUCCAACAAUUGUCCGAAUUUAGAACGAUUAACUGUUAAACAUUGUACAAAAUUAUCUAAUACUUCUUUAUAUCAUUUAAGUAAACAUUGUCCCUAUUUAAAUCAUAUAAAUAUAGCAUCAUGUCAUCAUAUUGAUGAUCAAGGCAUUAAAAUGAUCAGUUCAAAUUGUUCGAAUUUAGAAUGGAUUGAUAUAUCAUGGUGUAUGAAUAUAACAGAGAAUGGUAUUCGAAAUCUAGCUGAAUCAUGUCCAAAAUUAACAGUAUUCAAAGCAGAAGGAUGUACACAUAUGACAAAUAAUGCAGCAAGAGAACUUGCAAUAAAUUGUUCAAAUUUAUUAUUUCUUGAUUUAAAUCGUUGUUCUUCUUUAACUGAUGAAGGUUUAUUAAUUCUUACUGAACAUUGUCCUUUACUUGAAACAUUAAUUAUUGCCAAUUGUAGAAAUUUAACAGAUAAUACAUUAAUAGCACUUGGACGAUAUUCUCAUCGAUUAAAAAAACUUGAUGCAACUCUAUGUUCACAAUUUACUGAUACGGGAUUUUUAGCAAUGGCACAAGGAUGCCAUUUAUUACAACGUCUUGAUCUAGAAGAUUGUGUAGCUGUUACCGAUGAAACAUUAAGACAUUUGGCUGAUAAUUGUCCGAAUAUUGAAAUAUUGACUCUUUCACGAUGUGAACAAAUUACCGAUGAAAGUAUUCGUUAUAUUAGUUCAAGUACUUCUGCCCAAGAAAAUCUUCGUAUACUUGAAUUGGAUAAUUGUCCAACUAUAACUGAUAUAUCUAUUGAUCAUUUAUUGAAUUGUCAAAAUCUUAAACGUUUAGAUAUUUUUGAUUGUCAACAAAUAUCAAAAAAUGCUGUUAAAAAAAUUCAAGCACGUUUUCCUGAUUUAAAUAUUCACGCUUAUUUUGCUCCACGAACUCCGACACCAACUAAUCGUCGUUCAAGAUCAUGUCAACUUUGUUGUUGUACAUCCUGUUCAGUUUGUACACCAUCAUGCUGUAUUAUUGCUUAA